AUGUCUCAAAUCGAAAUCAACCCCAGCAUCCUAUCCCAAUCCGCAAACAAAACCGUCUUAAUAACAGGUGCAGCUCGCGGGAUCGGUGCUGCAACAGCAGCACUAUUCAAUCACCACGGAGCAAACGUAGUAAUCGCAGACCUGGCCCAGUUCCAAGAGACAGCUGAACGCCUGAUAGCUUCAAUUUUCACAAAUCCGCAGCGUGCGAUUUUUGUCCCUGGAAAUAUCGUGGACUGGGCGCAGUUGACGUCUUGUUUCAAGGCUGCCGUUGAGAUGUUUGGGGGUAUUGACGUUGUCGUUGCGAAUGCGGGGAUUAUGGAGUCGAGUCCCGUUCUAGAUAUGGAUGUCGAUGAGAAUGGGGAUUUAAAAGAGAAUACCGAUGCUGAGAGGGUUAUUGAUGUUAACUUGAAGGGGACAUUGAAUACACUUCGACUAGGGCUCUUUUACAUGAAACAACCCAGCAAGGAGACAUCGACACCUUUUAAAUCAAUAGUUUUGAUAGGGUCAACAUCGAGUUACUUUGGCGGCACUGGAGUAACGGCGUACAUUGCCUCAAAGCACGGCGUGCUAGGCCUUCUCCGUGCAUCCCAAUCUACAGCUCAGGAGCUCGGAGUCCGGGUAAAUGGCAUUGCGCCCUUCCUAACCCCGACACAUAUCACGGCUGGAUUUGCGCAAAGAUGGAAAGAUCAGGGUCUCGAGGCGAAUACGCCCGAGCGUGUAGCAGAAGCUAUCGCGUUGGUUGCUUUGGACGAGAGCCGACAGGGGCAGUGUCUCUUGGUUGCGGGAAGGUAUCUCCAGGAACUUGAGUCGCCCAGAAUGAAGCUGCUGCCUGAGUGGAUUGGAGAAGAAGUUGCAGAAUUUAUGGGGCGCGCUAUGCAGUUUUUUGUCAGUAUUGGAGGAUGCAAAUUAUAG